GUCAGAACAUACGCCGCCACACACAUGCGCACGCGUUUCGUGUCCCUUCCUAAAUCAGCCCCAAUUCCAAAUCCAAUCCAAUCCACACCCGAACCUCAAACCCUAAUUCCCAAAAUUCGUCCCCUAAUUCUUGCCAAAACCCUCAAUUUCUCCCCUUUCCAAUCCCACCAUCUCCUCGUCCCAAAUCCCAACCCUAAUCCAGAAGCAGAAUGCUUCUCACUCCGGGUCACUCUCCUCGCCACCUCUCAUCCCCUUCGCCCUCUGCAAAUUCUGAUGCUUCCGUCCAAAACCCUACAAAUUCCACCCAAAUCACACCCAAGAACCCUAAAGGCCAUCCCAAGGUCCUCGACGAGGACACCUAUGUCGCCGCGAUCGAGAAGAUCAUCGAAAGGGACUUCUUUCCCGAUAUUUCCAAGCUUCGGGACCGCCUCGACUGGCUCGAAGCGAUCAAGACCCGCGACCCGAUUCAGAUCCGAGAUGCCCAGUUGAAGAUCAUCGAGCGCCGCGGAAAGAAGGUAACUCAUAAUCCUGACCCUGAUGGUAGAACCCCAGGUUCGACUUUUAUGCGUAGUUAUACCCCUGCCGAUGAAUUUGAUGGUAAAACCCCGAAAACCCCGGGUGCUUCGAAUGUGGGAUUGUCUGGUGAGGUAGGGUCAAGCGGCGGUGAUGAUAGCGUGGAGGGAUCAUUGUCGCUUGAUCAGUUUUUAAGGCGGUAUACGAGUGAGGACAAUUAUAGUUUUUCGAAUAUUUUGGAGAAGGUGAAUAGGAAGAGGAAGGAGAGAUAUGAGUAUUUGACGGAAGGCGAAAAGGAGGAGGUUAAAUCGAUUGAGGAUGUGAAGAGGGAUAGGAUUACAGAUGGGUAUGGGACGUCGGAUCAGCCGCCUAGUACAUUGGAUGGGUGGAAGUAUACGGCAAAGAAUUUGUUGAUGUACCAUCCAGCUGAUCGGGGUGAGGCUCCCUUGACAGAGGAGGAACGUGCGAAUAGGAUGAAGAGUUUGGAGAAGGAAAUUAAUCGACCCAACACGCGAUUUAAUGGGAAGACGAUGGAUUCCAGGCCAAAGGAGGACGCUAUGGCUGAGUUUCUCUAUACCACAGUUGCAGGUGCAACCCCAGUUAUUAUGGAUAGAGAUGGGGAUAAGUUGAAGAAGUAUGAUUUGGAUGAUUUGAGAAAGACGCCCAAUCCGUUUUAUGUGGAAUCGGAGAAGAAAGCGGAUAAUGGUUAUCGUUUUGUGAAGACACCCUCGCCUGCACCGGGUGUUGAUGAAUCACCGUUUAUUACAUGGGGUGAAAUUGAAGGGACACCUCUGAGGUUGGAUCUUGAGGACAAUCCAGUUGAUAUUGGUGGCAGUGAAGGGCCUCAAUAUAGGAUCCCAUGCCCGCCUGUAAGAGACGAAAAGGCUCACUCGCUGUCAAGGGAAGCUGCACGCAAAUUGAGGGAAAGGUCAAAAUUGUUUCACAAGCCACCUCUGCCAUCGCCUUCUAGAGGUGGCAGUGCCAGUCCAAGUGUGCGGACACUCUCCCCUGCUGCUCAGAAGUUUGUAAGAGAUGCAAUGGGCAAGUCCUCGUCUUCUAUUGAUGAAACUCUUCGUGCCAGUUACCGAGGUUCAAGUCCAGGGUUUACUACUCCUAAAGGUGGACGGAGUGUGUCGAGGCUCGGAAGCCAUGCUAGUAUCGUAUCGAGAUCACCUUCUGCUGCAAGGGAGGGCACUAAUCCUCAUUGGUAAUUUGGAGUUUUCUUUGUUAUGAUGUUCCAUUGUAGUAAUCAAUGCUUUGUUUGGCACUGGAUAAUCCUUCUGUUUUCAACUAUAUAUGUAAAAUUUCUGUGCUGGUUUAUCAAUGUCACUUUGGAUGCUGUUACAUA